AUGGAUGGGAAUGUUCAGCAGGUGACACUCGCCCUACAGGGAACACUUCAGCUUGAUCCUAAUAUAAGGAAACAAGCUGAAAAUCGGAUUUUUGAAUUCGAAAAAGUUUCAGGGUUUGCAACGCUUCUUCUUCAACUUGUUUGCUCCGAUGAAGCGGUGCCAGAGAUUCGCAUGGCGGCCGCUGUUGCGCUGAAGAACUUUAUAAGAAAGAAUUGGGGAGAGACACCCGAGGUGGAUAUGACUCCGGAAGAAGAGGAACAGAUUCGCCAAUCCAUUCUUCAGGGGAUGUUUCUCAUCCGAGGUACUCUCCAAGGACAGCUCUCUCAUGCCGUGCAACUUAUGGCCAAG